UAGACUAAAAGGUCCAACAGUGUUACAAUACUUUAUAUUCACAAACUUUCUUUAUGUUGAGAUGUUCUCAAUACUUAAAUCCUUAUGGAAAUUGAAGAAUGGGAUAGUUCUGUUCUUCACUCCUCUGAUUCUUCUUCCACUACCGGUUGUCAUCAACACAAAGGAGGCCAACUGUGCUUAUGUAAUCAUACUAAUGGCAGUAUACUGGUGUACAGAGGCUCUUCCAUUAGCUGUUACAGCACUGUUGCCUGCUGUCCUCUUUCCAAUGUUUGGCAUCAUGCAAUCCAAAGUGGUAUGUAUGCAGUACCUGAAAGAUACUAACUUGCUGUUUGUGGGAGGCUUGCUGGUGGCUGUGGCAGUGGAACACUGGAACCUGCACAAGCGCAUUGCCCUCAGAGUGCUACUCAUUGUUGGGGUGCGCCCAGCACUCCUUAUGUUGGGCUUCAUGGGAGUGACGGCUUUCCUCUCCAUGUGGAUCAGUAACACAGCCACCACGGCUAUGAUGGUCCCUAUAGUACAGGCCGUUCUGGAGCAGCUGAAUAAACAGGAGACCGAACUUACUCAGAUGACCUGCAUGGAACAGCGGUCUCAGGCCCCGGAGGCUGAGCACAAACAACCAGCCAAGCUUGAAGACAGAGAAGUGGUGGUGCGCAUGCUGGAUAUGUCACCAGAAGCUACCAAGCAGCAAGAGUCUGUUGACAAAACUCUUAUGUCUAAGGGAAUGACUCUGUGCGUGUGUUAUGCUGCUAGCAUUGGGGGAACAGCAACACUUACAGGCACUGGACCCAAUCUGGUACUUAAGGGUCAAAUGAACCAGUUAUUUCCUGAGAAUGGUGAUGUCAUCAACUUUGCUUCAUGGUUUGGAUUUGCAUUUCCAAACAUGAUCAUCAUGCUGAUAAUAGCCUGGUUCUGGCUUCAGUUUGUUUUCAUGGGAUUCAACUUCAAAAAGACAUGGGGCUGUGGAGCAGGGAGGUCAGAGAAGGAAACCGCUGCCUACAACGUCAUCCGCGAGCAGCACCUUCAUAUGGGACCAAUGUCUUUUGGAGAACUCAGUGUUCUGGCUCUCUUCAGUUUGCUUGUGGUUCUGUGGUUCACCCGCGAUCCUGGAUUUGUGGCAGGCUGGGCAACCUACAUAUUUAACAUAGAUGCAGAAUAUGUGACAGAUGCUACAGUUGCUGUCUUUAUUGCUGUGCUGCUUUUCGUUCUACCAUCGAAACCGCCUCGACUUUUCUUCCGGUCCUCGACCGACUCUGAAACAGAUGCCCAACUUUCCACUGUUCCCAGUUCAGCUCUGCUCACCUGGAAUGUUGCUCAGAAGAAAUUACCUUGGAACAUAGUUUUGCUCCUGGGUGGUGGAUUUGCAUUGGCCAAAGGUAGCGAGGAGUCCGGACUAUCAAGAUGGAUAGGAAACCAGUUAACUCCCCUACAUGCCAUUCCUCCAUGGGCUAUUGUUAUCAUUUUGUGCCUUCUAAUUGCCGUUUUUACUGAAUGCACCAGCAAUGUGGCUACAGCAACCCUUUUCCUCCCUGUUCUUGCUUCUAUGUCUCAGUCUGUGGGAAUGAAUCCUCUGUACGUCAUGGUGCCAUGCACACUCAGUGCUUCCUUUGCAUUCAUGUUACCUGUGGCAACUCCUCCAAAUGCUAUAGUCUUCUCAUACGGAUAUCUCAAGGUUUCAGACAUGGCAAAGACAGGCAUAAUAAUGAAUGUCAUAGGAAUUGUCUGCAUCACUGUAGCCAUCAACACCUGGGGCAAGGCAAUGUUCAGCCUAGACACAUUUCCUGCUUGGGCCAACCAAACAGAAGUAUGAAGAACAGUAUGAAGCCAAAUGGAAAGCAACAAGCUGCUCUUUCUCAUCAUCAUCUUCACAACGUGCAGCACACAGACUGCAUAUGGCAGGUUUUGAACACCUUUUGCCUCUUUUACUUAAGGGCCUGAUGUAAUAUGUGGCUAUACAGGGUUAAAUUAUGUUUGGAGUACACCUGCUUUUCAAAACAACAUUUUAUAUACACUGUCAAAUAAAUUGGUCAAAAUAUGUACCCUCAGAGGUACAUAUUGGUACUAAAUGUAUAUUUAUAUGUACAUGGGACCUUUUUAAAGGGUACUGCCCCAAUGACAGCUUGGGACCAUUAUUUGAAAAAAAAUUCUGACAGUGUGUAGUUCAAAGUCUAUAGACUUGGAUAUAUUUAAAUUAAGUUGUAUCUCAAAGUUACAGGUACCAAAUGUAUAUAUACAGUAUUUGUACCUAAUGGUUCAUAUUAGGACAUUUUAAAUGGUAAAGCCUCAAUGGGGUACAUAAUUUGACCAUUUGUUUUAACAGUGUAACAAUCAUAUAAUACAUUAGAAACACUGAGCUGCAAAAACUGGACUGCUAAGGUUAUGUAUCAGGUAUUUUCCUCAUAUCCACUAGUAUGCUUUGCUUGUAACAUUAAUGGCUACUUUUACAACAUAAGCUUUUACAGUACAUGUUCGAUGGCAAGCUUUUUCGUCAGGAGAAAACAUAAAAGGAAAACAGAAGCAUGCACAUCGACCUCACUUCCUUUUAUAACAACAUAAAAUCCCAGAACAAAUCCAAAGAUGUUGAAGCUUCUUCUAAUGGCCAGUCUUCAAACCUCAAUAGCUUUGAACUUCUAUGGGACAAAAUGACCUGAGAAGUCUGAGCCAAACCAACCAACUACAAGUGCCUUACUUUUUAACAUUAAUAAAAGUUUGAAUGGCGCUCUGUCAUGGUGUAUAUUACAUGGAUGUUACAGAUUCAUCAGACUAUGAACAUUUGUUUAGACUAUGACAUGGAGAACCAUGUGUCAUCAUUGCUUUGAAGACCAAACAUCAAGCAAUUUUCUGUUUUUGUACCGGGCAAAUACCUCACUGUUGUAAAACGUUAUGCAAGCAACAGGGGGGGCAAGUUUAAAGGGGACAUUUCAUGAAAAUCUGACUUUUUCCAUGUUUAAGUGCUUAAUUGGAUCCCCAGUGCUUCUAUCAAGCUAGAAAAUAUGAAAAAGAACAACCCAGUAACUAAGUUUUGGUAAAUGAUUCUCUGCAAGCAUGUGAAAAAAUAGGCUAUAUGAAAUUUGGCUCCCCUUGGGUAUCAAAAGGGGAUCUUAUUAUAACAAUGCUACCCCUUAAUCUGCAGCUAUCAAUUUUAACAUGCUAUAAUAAAUUAUCUCUAUGGUAUUUGGAGCUAAAACUUCACAUGUACUCUGGGGAUGCCAAAGAUAUAUUUGACAUCUUAAAAAAUUUCACAUUGUGAAAUGUCCCCUUUAUUAAAGCAGGUGUAUUAAUCUAUGCCUUAUUAUUUUAAAUUCUGCAAACUAGAUUAAAGGAAAUCAAUUAUAAAUAUGACCCUGUCUGUGAAAUCCAGACUAAAGUCUCAUAAUCUAAUGAUUUCACAUUGAUUUCAGUCUUUGACAUGAGAUUUCUCGGUAACACUUUAUUUUACG